AUUUUUCCAGGGUUCUUUGCAUUUCAAAACCCUCUCCGUGAAAUUUGACGCGUUCCCUUUUUACCCAAGGUCAAACCGGGUGCGGAGUCGGGAUUCGAACCUCGCACUUAUGAUUCCAAGUCCUGGGCGCUUUUCCCUCCCACCUAGCGUUGCCUUCAGGCAGCUACUCGGCUGGGCGGCCGGGCGCAUCUGCUCCUUCGGGAGCAGCUGAGAACCGGAAUUGGUUACUGGGAUAAACAACCCCGAGGCAGCUGCUUAGCGGGCAAGGAGGUGCCGCCCCCGCAGGUUCUUGCUGGGCUCUGGUUCAAGUCCCUGCCCAGAUGUUUGGUCGUUCUGUAGGAGCUCCUCAAAUGCUCUCUGUUGCUGCUGCUGCUCAUUCUUCACUCAAGCAGGAGCUUCAUUAUGCGGCGCCACAGCCUUGGAAAGUGCACUCACUACCUGCUCUCAACCCAUCCUGUGCACAAAGGCGGCCUCUUUAGGCACCAAGUUCUUUAAGCAUUGGGAAUAAAGCGCACAGUAGUUAUUUACUUUCUACCACCUCCUAGUUGAGGCAGUUAAAUUACUUAAAGAUUUGAAAUAACUGAUGCAACUUUUAAGUUCUUUACCUUGAAGAUGUUUCUCCUCGAUAUGGAUUGUUUGCUCUUUCUAAGCAUCAUCCUUGAAAAUGGGAGGUGCUGUCAGUGCUGGAGAAGACAAUGAUGAACUAAUAGAUAACUUGAAAGAAGCACAGUAUAUCCGGACAGAGCUAGUGGAGCAAGCCUUCCGAGCUAUUGACCGUGCAGACUACUAUCUCGAAGAAUUUAAAGAUAAUGCCUAUAAAGACUUAGCCUGGAAACAUGGCAAUAUUCACCUUUCUGCCCCGUGCAUAUAUUCAGAAGUGAUGGAAGCUCUGGAUCUACAACCUGGACUUUCAUUCUUGAAUCUGGGUAGUGGCACUGGCUACCUCAGUUCUAUGGUUGGACUCAUCUUAGGUCCUUUUGGUGUAAACCAUGGGGUAGAGCUUCAUUCAGAUGUGAUAGAGUAUGCCAAGCAGAAACUGGACUUUUUCAUCAGAACAAGUGAUAGCUUUGACAAGUUUGAAUUCUGUGAACCCUCCUUUGUUACUGGCAACUGUCUGGAGAUUUCUCCAGAUUGUACUCAAUAUGAUCGUGUUUAUUGUGGUGCUGGAGUUCAAAAAGAACAUGAAGAUUACAUGAAGAGUUUGCUUAAAGUUGGGGGAAUUCUUGUCAUGCCACUAGAAGAAAAGCUGACUAAAAUAACUCGAACAGGUCCUUCUGCUUGGGAGACCAAAAAGAUUCUGGCUGUUUCUUUUGCUCCUCUGAUCCAGCCCAAUCAUUCAGAUUCAGGAAAGUCAAGACUUGUGCAAUUGCCUCCACUGGCUGUUCGUAGCCUCCAAGAUUUAGCUCGAAUUGCAAUCCGAGGAACUAUUAAAAAGAUAAUUCAUCAAGAAACAAUGAACAAAAGUGGAAAUGGACUGAAAAACCCACCCAGGUUUAAGCGAAGGCGAGUUCGACGCCGUCGAAUGGAAACUAUUGUCUUCUUGGACAAAGAAGUCUUCGCCAGUCGUAUUUCCAACACAUCCGAUGACAACAACAAUUGUGAGGAUGUGGAAGAAGAAAGGAGGGAAGAGGAGGAAAAGAAUGUCCCUGAAAUGAAGCCAGAUCCUCCUGUAAACUUUCUGAGAGAAAAGGUCUUGAGUCUGCCCCUGCCUGACCCUCUGAAAUAUUACCUGCUUUAUUACAGAGAAAAAUAAGUCUUCUAUUUAUAUUAAGAAAAAUAUACAUGAGAGGGGAAGUGGCAAGGGCCUGACAACAUGUAUAUGACUUGCUUACCUGUUAACAUGGUCACCCCUGGCAUAGAUUGGCUGGAGAAUGUGACUGCUGUAUACUUAAACAUACUCAUUUUUUUUUCUCCUAGUUUCUUGGUGGUGUGCUAAUUUUUUUUUCUAAAAAAAGCAGGAUUUCCUUUUAAAUUGACCUGGUGAACGCAAACUGCCUAGAAGCAAAUAUUUCUUCCAUUGAGGGGAAAGAAAAUCAGCUCAGUAAGGCAGUUUUCUAUUUCAGCCAAGCUUUAAAACUAAACUCCAGUUUAAAUGUUUCUAGACAGCACCCUAAAGACUACUCUGCAACACAGUUGCAUUAAAUAACAUAUAUUGUAUAAUUAAAAUGAAAACUGCUGAUUCAAACUAUUUUGCUUCUCCCAACACCCCCCUCCCAAAGCACAAAUUUUACAAGUACACAAAUCACUUCCGGGGGCAAUACUCCAAAUGUCCAGGUUUGAAUUCUGACUUUAAGUGGUAUCUGCCCUUAAUCAUUGGCACCGAGUCUGACUCUUCACAUAGUUUACUAGAUUGGAAAAUAUUGUUACAAGCCUGUUUAACCAGAUUACAAAUAAGUAAAUAGAUACAUUUUUUUGUCUUUACAGAUUGUAAAUUUUCUAAAAAGAUAGUGAUAUUCAUUGGAAAAAGCAAAUCAGAAAUACGUCAAAGUACCCAACGUUUUUUUUUUUUUCUACAUAGCGAGGAUCAUAUGUAGGUGAAAUCCUUUAUGGAUUUUUAUCUGAACAGUUUACAAGCUAAGCUCUAAAAACUUUGUCAAGUAUAGUGUUAGAAAUUACUGAAAGGGUAUUUUGAGAGAUAUCGCAGAUUCCUUAUGUCUAAGUUAACAUGAUUGAUAUUCUUAAGAAUAUGCAAUACGGACCCUGAUGGGUUUGACCUGAGGCUGGAAACUAAUAUUGUUCUGAAGCAUUUGACUACUCAGUUUCCCAGAAUGUAUAGAAGAUGAAAAAUCUCAGAAUGUAAUUAGUGGCAAUGUUCCCUAUAGACAGUUCCUGCUUUCUUGACCACAGUUUAGUAUUUUUCUGUAACUAGAUUAGAGUAAUGAGAUUUAGCUUUUAUAGUUCCAACAAAACUAGAUUUUUAAAAAAUAAUUUUUCUUAAAAAAUGCAUCUUUAAAAUUUUAGGUUGUGUUAGAUGGAUUUAACUUGCAGUAAAUUGUAAAUUAUACUUUUCCCAGAUUAUGAAGAGUGUCAAAGUAAAAGGGGGAAAAGAGUUCUCAUUCUUUCUAAACUAGUGAAGAAAAUGGUCUAAUUGUCAAGAUAACCUGACUGAAAAACCUUUCAAUUAUCUAAGACUACUUUUGAGAUACACUGGAAUUAGAUUGCUUGAUCCAAAAUGUAUUUGUCCAUUUUUGUUUACUUUCCUGUUAUUUUUACAUGCCCUAAAAGGCAUGACUAGCUGAAAAUGUACACAGUAAACCCAAACUCUCAAAGUGUUUAAACACAAUUCACAUUGACUGUGUCUUGUGAUUAAAUAUUAUGUAGUUCUUUGAAAUCACAGGGUAAAUUCAAGUGUCUCUGUGCUAUCUAACAUCUCUGUUGAUUUAGGUUAUUUUCUAAAGUUACUCAAUAGAUCUUUACUCUGUGUACUGACAGUCUUUUCACCACAAAUUAAAAUCUGUGUAGCCAAAUAAAAAGGAAAAGUUGGUAUGUCUGGUCCUGAGCUCAUAAAGUUAGACUGUUAAGGAAACUUUAUAUGUUACAUUCAUUUGCCUUUUUGUUCAGUGUCAUGGUUACCCAUCUCCCAAGAUUUUCAGUUUUUAAAUGACCAGUUCAUUGUUUGCAGAUCCUAGUAUUCAGAAAUCUAACGGGUGCAUGUAUAUAUACAUAUGUAUGUAUACACAUAUGUAUAUGUACAUGCAUAAUAUAUAUACCUAUACACAGACACUGACUAGAUUAUUAUUUAUAUUUUUCCAUUUACGUAUAAUUUAUAUGGACAUAAGAAAUUUGGAGUAAAUAUUCAUCUGAGAUCUGUGAUAUUUGUUAUAUAAUUAGUACAUCUUAACAUUGACCAUCUUCAAUUGUUGUCUAUUACAUAAGAAUUUCAAACUUUCACCACAUUUGCCUUUUGAUUACUUUAAGAUUUUUUAAUGCUCUUUAAAAUGCAUAGAAAAUAGUUCUCCUUUUAUAGUUUAAAAACCAAACUAUUCAAGGAGUUUGUGUCUUCAUGUUGUCCAGAUGUGCUGUUGUCAAAACAGAAAAACUGAUAGAAAAAUUUUAAGUGUAAUAUAUAACUAUGAAAUAGUGUGGUGUUUAGACUGCAAAAAUAAAGGAGAAUUAUAAAUAAGGUUCUCUGCUUAAGCACUUGCACUGUAGGUUAGUAUAAUAGGUUAUUUUCAAUUUCUACACAGAUUAAGGAUAGUAUAAUGUUUUUUUGUAGCGUCUAUAAGCCCUUUUAUGGAAUACUGUAUACUGUAACCUGGUUUUCUGACUUCUGUUUACUUUUAUGUUCUAAAUAUUAUGUGACAUAGUCUUGACAAGUAGUAAGGUCACAGACUUGUGCAAAGCAAAUCUCGGAUGUGUAAAUCUUAAGUAUGUAAGUUGAAAAUCAAAAUUUGUAUAUAGAAAGAAGAAGAGGCAAUUUUACUGACCUGGAACUUGCAAGUAAUAUAAAACAUGAAUUUUAUUGAGCUCAUAUUUAUGAGUGUAUAGACCAUAUAUUAAUAAAUGCAGUUAAGAUGUUUUAGCCUUCUUAGCAUUGCUUCUGUAUCAUGCUAUUUUGAAAAAAAACUCCACCUGACUUUUUCUUUUUGGAUAUUUAGUGAAAUUACUUUUUUUUCUUUUUAUGUUUGUACCCACUUUCGUAUGUUAGAAUUUUACUGAUUUUUUUUGCCUCCUUUUCUUUUCUGAAAUUCUCUUCCAUUCAUAUAGGUAGUUUAACUCAUACUCAUUCACAGUAGAACUGAAGAUACUAAUGUGACAUUGGCACAGGCAAACAGAUUUUGGCUCUAAAGAACUUCAUAGGCUAAUGACUAGAAUAAUUAUUUAGCUCUUCAGUAGUAUUCAGAAUAUGCAUUGCAACCCAGGCACUUCAGAGAGAGAGUAGCACAUCAGGUUUGAUUCACCAGCCAUAAGCUAAUUCAUAGCAAGCAAGGGGUGAAUAGCCCAGUUUUAAUAUUUUCUAACUUCAGUGAAAAAUGGUGGUUUUUCUGGCUCAUCCACAGACUUAAGUUAACUCAUUACUAUAUACUUCAUCAUCCAAAAUUCUUUCCCCUGAGAAUCUCAAAGGAGGACGGUUUUGGUUUUGUGCUUAUUAAAUAACUUUCAAGUAAAAAUGCACUUCCUGAAAAUGGAAGGAUGGACGUCAACUUAGUAUUUUCAACAUUAUAUUAUUGGAACUGUCCUUUUAAAAUAAUUAUAUCACUUCAAAUAUUUACAUUUGCCCUUUUUAUUACACUUAUUUGAUUUUAAGGCUAUGAAAUGCAGAGGUGAUUUUUUUCUUUAAAUGUUAAAAAGCAAAAUGCUUAAGCAAUUUGUGUUUUCAUUUGGUUUUAACAUAUCAAAGGAAAAUUUUUGUGUGCAUGUUAAAAGAGCCUUAAAAUCUAAUGUAAUAAGGGAAAUCGGUGAAAAUUUGAAAUUCUUAAAUAGCGUAGAAAAAUGUAAAAAACACUUUUGUGUACAUAGAAUACAUAUACACACAUCCUUUCAGUAAACUAUAAAUUCCCUACAGGUCCCAUUUUGAAUUAUGUUUCUAUUCUUUUGUCUAAGUCUGAAAAUAAAGAGUAAACUAUAUAUCAUGUCUUUAAAUGACCUUACUGAGACAUGUUGCCAGGCAAGAAGAGACAGGGUUACCCAAAUCAACCAAAGACUAAACCCUGUUUCAGGAAUUUCCAACUUAAUCAUCUACAUUUCUUAUUAUAUAAUUAGUACCAUCCAGGCUAUUUAAACCCUUAUCUUUCUGGAAACUGGAAGGUCAUCUGUAAGGGAAGGCAUCAGUUGAUUCUUUGAGGCCACACUUGUAAUCACCAUUAAAUAAAAGAGCCACCUGGUUCCUGUGUCUACUGUUGCAUCUGGUGUAACAUUAUACAGAAAUCCAAGAUCUUGCAGAGCUGGUGAUGUCACAUACAUGUGGCUCAGAAAUAUAACUGUUAACUUCCUAUUUACCUAAAGUGCUGCUGUUUUAAAAAACUAACCCUACAUAUUUUUGCGUCACUUAAUGUCAACAAUUGCUUGUAUUUAGUUCAUGGUAUUUAGCUAGAUCUAGUAUAAAACUGUUCCUUUUCUUGGAAUAUCAUUUUACAAAUAAAAGCUGUGUAUACUGUGCUG